GGCGUCUGCGUAGCUCGGUUGUGUCGGUAUCGCUGCGGCCUUCAUCGCGGCAGCCAUGCCACUCAACUUCAAGAGACCUGUCGCACCAUCUCAGCUACCACUACCAGCAGAAACCAAGUUCAAACCGAAGCAUCCAACGCGCAUAUAUGACUAUAACUAUAAAGUAGGAGAAAGUUACUACAACCCGCAGACAGACUACAUCGGCAGCAGACCUCUUUCAAAUACAUCUUCUUCGUACGUCAAACCACCUGAAGCUCAAACGUACGCCGAGCGCUUCGCACAAAGGCCCAUCUAUGGCAGUGCUCGCGGACUUCCUUACGGAGAAAGCGAGUCAGUGUACAACCAACCUCUCGCCAGCCGACUUACCGGGACCGGAGGUCCAGGAUCAUCCUUGCCCAAGGAACCCGGAAGACGCGGCCGAGCAUCGUCCCUCUCGAGAGACCCUGGGGCCGAAACACCGUCCUAUGGAUCUCGCUUCCAUCGCCGAAGCAGUUUAUUCGAUGAAGAUGAUUUUCCAUCAUGGCAACAGAGCAAGAAGUUCAGCUUGGGAAGCUCAGAUCCCGACCGCGUGAGAGACUAUGCUGUUCAAGGCAGAAUGAAAAGAGCUAUUGAUGACUUCCUAAAGACUCCAAGAACAACUCCUACUCGCGAGUAUGAAACUAGCGAAGUCAAGUUUCGGCAGGAAACCGGACCAAAAGGACAACAAAUCAUCAAAAGAGAACAAUACACCUAUACUCUCCCGGAAAAUUCGCAAACGUUACGCAAGAGCAGCAUAACCGAAACCUCUGACUUUGCAUCGAAACCGCCGCUUAACCUUAGGACACGCAGGUCGAGCAUAGGUGCUGGAGAAGAGUUUUCGUCGCGUGCGAGCGUGCGGACUCGCAAGUACAGUGAGGACACCAGUUCCAGGCUGCCCCCUCGUCCGUCCCGCUAUGGGAGAGGAAGUGACGACUCACCCACUUAUUCUAAUGCUCAGCAAGUCAGAGACGCUAGGCGAGCUAAAGAAUCAGACGAGCUGACAGAAAGCAUCAUGAAGAUGGUCAACAAGAUGAAGAGCCAUCACUUGGAUGAUGCUACCGCUGACAUAAGGAGCAUUAGUCGGACUGUGCGAGCCACUUCCUUGGAUCCCUUCGAAGACGACAGCGACAGGUCUCGCUCCAAGCAGCGCGCUCGACUCCACAAGUUUACGUACGGCAUCGGAAAAGUAUGAAAGUUGCAUACAUGGUUUGUAAUAAUUAAUAAACCAUAGUUUUGAAGUCUAUCAAGCUUAUGGAGUUAUAUAUUAAUCGCUAACUACUUAUGCUUCCCUCUUGAACAACAUAGUCUUGCCGAGUUUGGGAUAAUUCGUGCAUCACGUGCGCGUGUGGCAUCACGCAUUUUCGACGUCCGUCGAAGUUUGGUGCCAUGGGCUGGGCGCACACGUGAUGUCGUGAAUAUUGAGCCAUGAUUGUGCUGAACUUUUGGGCACAAAUUUCAACGGAUUUAUCUCAUAGUACACUGAAGUUGACGAGCAUGAUGACCCCUCGAUGAAACAAAACGAUGCGCUUCGAACAAUAUAUUGUACAGUUAGUUGGUCUGAUAUGCCUUGACUAUGUGUUCGUGUAGGGCUUGAAUUAAUGCAAUUUUACAUUAGCAUGUUUCCAACAUCAACGCUCUUUACAACUCUUGUCUAGCUGCAAAGUAAGAACGGCUAUGAGCAGAGCGAUAACCUGCCUGGUAGAUUGACAGCGCUUCAUUAAAAAAUAAUUUGCACAGAGACGUUAUCAUUUAUGAAAUGACUUGUGAGACUUUAAAAAAAUGUUCAUUUAUAAAUUACUCUCACUCCAUCUUGUGAUUAGUUUUUGCUUAAGGAGUAUGAUUAUCGUUCUUCGAGUCUACUGAUGAAAUAAUUUCAGCUUACUUACUCAGCUCUGCUACUAUUCCUCAUUGUGUUCUAGUCUCACAUUGAUCAGGUUAAGCUACUUUAUCUUGAUGUAAACGUACCGAAAUUCAAUGUUGCAUUCUUUUAUAGUUUAUUUCUCAGCUUUCGUUAGCACCUAUUGUCAUGCUUCGUUGUUGACUUUUGGAGGUGUUUUACCUUUUUUCAUGAAUCGCCGAUUGUAAGCUGUAAUGUGUGCCACUCUGGCACAAAUAAAAUAUAUUAAAAAUUA